CUCGACUUGACUAUGGUAAACAAGGAUCAAUAAUGCGAAAGGGUGCAUGGUGUAGACUGAUAGGUUGCUCACUUCCUUACAGGAGAGCCGUUUACUCUCGGCCAAGCGCAGCAGCACCUCUCAGAAAGUUCGCUGGGGUCGCAUCUCUCUUGGGUCCAGGACGAUCCGGUGCACUACCUUGAUAGUGCUGAGACCAAAGCCUCACCGCCCACGUCUGGCAUGCUUGUCCAUUCGAUCUACUACCUUCCUACAGCCGCCACCUUUGGUUCAAUCCUUGAUGCAUUGCACCGCUCAGGGGCACAGCAUGUUUUUCUUGCCGAAUGGUCACUGUCGAUCGGAGACGACCUGCGAGCAUUACCACACCUUCUGUCGGUGCUUCUUCAGUCUGUUGAGCCGCUUUCAGAGGGAAAUAUCCGUACAGUUCUAUCGCCUCGGGAGAUGCUCAAGCUGUCCGAGAGCGCUGGAUGGGAAUUGAUCGGCUCGGAGCUCAUGCAGCCUUCAGACGACGUGCAAGAUGGCUGUUGGGAGGCCGCCUAUUCCCAAGACAUCGCUCGGACGGCAUUCGAAAGAGAAGGAGCGCUUUCAGAAGCAGAAAGAACGGAAGAGAUAGUCCGGAAAGCUUCGAUCCGGGCUCAUGGCGAGGCACUCUUACAGGCUAUUCAGCAGCUACCAGAAGGCAAGGCGUCGAGAACGAAGCCUAUGAACGUCUGGGUCGCUGUGCUGAAGCGAAAGUGAAAUGCAUGUAAGGACUGUAUAGCUUGCAUUUCAU